AUGAGGAGAGUCUUGUGUGUGUACUCUAGCCUCUUCAUCUUCCUCUUCCUCAUCAAUUCCAUGCAAGCAUUACCCCUCUCGACAAGCUCUCGGUGGAUCGUGGACAACAAAGGAAAACGAGUGAAGUUGGCGUGUGUUAAUUGGGUAGCACACGCCGAUUUAGUGGUUGCGGAAGGGCUAAGUAAACAAUCGGUUGAUGAGAUAUCAAGAAUGAUAAAAGAAAUGAAAUUUAAUUGCGUAAGGCUCACUUGGCCUCUUUAUUUGGCUACUGAUCGUUCCUUAGCUUCUCUUACUGUAAGACAAUCUUUCCAAAAUGCUGGUCUCUCAAAUUUUAUUCCAGGGAUAAAAGCUCAUAACCCCUCCAUUCUUGACCAUUCUCUUAUACAUGCUUUUCAGGCAGUGGUGGCUAGUCUAACAAAGAAAAAAGUGAUGGUGAUAUUAGAUAAUCAUGUAAGUAGACCAGGAUGGUGUUGUGGUAAUAUCUUUGAUGGGAAUGGCUUCUUUGGUGAUAGGGAUUUCAACCCUAGGCUUUGGGUCUAUGGCUCGACUAGAAUGGCUACUCUUUUUAAGCACGACCCAUAUGUCGUUGGUUUGAGUUUAAGGAAUGAACUCCGAGGGUUUAGGCAAAAUGUUCAAGAUUGGUAUAGGUACAUGCAAGAAGGAGCAGAAGCAGUGCAUAACGCAAACCCGAACUUGUUAGUUAUCAUCUCUGGCCUAGAUUACGACAAAGAUUUCACCUUCCUUAAGGAAAACCCAAUAUCUCUAAGUUUCAAAAGAAAGUUAGUAUAUGAGACACAUUGGUAUUCCUUCUCAGAUGGGCAUGAUUGGGAAAAUGGAAACCCUAACGAGGUUUGUGGGAAUGUGAAGAAAGAAAUUAUGAGACUUUCCGGGUUUUUGCUUGAUCUUGGAUUCCCAUUAUUUGUAAGUGAAUGGGGAGUAGACUUAAGGGAAAUAGAAACCAAUGAUAAUAGGUAUUUGAAUUGUUUUCUUGCAUGGAUGGCUCAACAUGAUGUUGAUUGGGCACUUUGGACUUUGGUUGGAAGCUAUUAUAUAAGAGAAGGGAUAACCGAAGUAAAUGAGUAUUAUGGAGUGCUUGAUUGGGAAUGGACUAAGUUUAGAAGCAAAGGCUUCUUGGAUAGGAUUUCUCUAAUCCAAUCUCCACUUCAAGGACCAAGAUUAUCAAAUGGCAAUACCCAUAAGAUAAUAUAUCACCCAUCAACAGGCCUUUGCAUCAAAAGAAACCUAGUAAAAGGUGUUCAUCUAGGCAAUUGCUUAAAUUCCAAUAACCAUUGGAUUCAUACACAUAAGAACACCUUAACUAUAAGUGGUUCAAACCUUUGUUUGAAAGCACAAAGAUUAGAUCAUCCUGUGAAACUAAGCCAUGAUUGUAGAGGAACAGGAAAGACCAGAUGGGAAUUUAUCUCAGAUUCAAAGCUACAUUUCUCGGUAUCAUUAAGAAAGGGUGAGUACGGUUGUUUGGAUGUUGAUUAUGUUAGAAAAAAGGUGAUUACCAAGGCUUGUAAGUGCUUAAGUGAAGAUCACUUGUGUAAUCCUGAGAGCCAAUGGUUUAAGAUUAUUGAUGUUAGUGUUGAAAGAGAUACUAAUUUUACUGAUACACUUACGAAUACGUCUUUAGCGAGUGUACUACCUAGUGUCGGACGUAUAUAG